AUGUCCGAAGUCACCUUCGCCAAGCAGUUCCUGGCGACCAUCGACAAGAAGCCCAUCAAGCUUCCAGCAGACCAUGUCAGCGAUCCCAGGCAGUAUCCUAACCAGAGUCCUUACAUUCUCCCUCGCCAAACACACCCCUUCCCAACCCGCAAGGGCCCCACAUCCUCUCAGCAAGCCUCGCAAAAGACCAUAACCGCGACCCUCAAACCUAUGCGAAACGGCGAGACUAUCACGAUCCCGAACGUUGCUCUCGAUACGACGAUUCACGACCUCAAGACCCAAUAUGCCUCCAAGACAAGCAUCCCUCAGGAUAAGAUCAAGGUGCUCUAUAACAAAAAGCCCGUAACAGAUCUCAAAACGCUCAAAGACAUUGGGAUCGAAAGUGAUGCGGAGCUGAGUCUGAUGAUCAUGGGCGGCACGGGAGGUACACCGAGGGGUCAGUCACCGGCUGUGGUGGAGAAGGAUAGAGUACCCGUGCCUGAAGUGCCGAAGGGCGACCCGAUGGAUGUGGACGAGAAGACGAGUGCGCCAGAGAGUGAAAAGGCAAAUGCCGAGGCUGAGGACAAGAAAGAGCCUGAGGGAGCGGCGGCAAUUCUGAAGACGGAUGAGUUUUGGGCGGAUCUUGGUGGGUUCUUGAGCCAGCGGUUGAGGGAUGAUGAGGUUGCGGCGAAGCUUUUGACGGUGUUCAAGAGUGCUAGUAAGGGGUAUCAGUAG